AUGCGCAAGCCUAGCAGGCACACCGACUUCCUCAAGGACGCAAAGCUCGACGAGAAGACACGCGUUUUAGUCGUGGAGCACAGCGCUGCAAGCCGCGAACUGGCGCUUCAAGAAGAGCAUCUUGCCAGUCUCGAGUCGCUUGCUUUGACCGUCAACAGCUCAGCUGCGCGGCGCAAUCUAUACGGCGCUAUUCGGAAAGCUCGCAGUGCAGUCGAGAAGGUGCGCGUCCUCGAACGCAAGUGCAAGGGCGCCUUGUCUGACUCCCGCGCGCUUGUAGUGGAUGCUCUGGAGCUCGCUGAUGAUCUGUGGGAGACGUCAGAAGCGGAUGCGGAAGAAGCAUCAACCGUUUCUUCGCCAACCACGGUUCAUUCGUCGACAAAGACUUCAUCGCGGACAACCGGUUCUUCCCCGACACAGCGGAGCAUAUCUACUGCACCAUCGGAACCUGAGUCUUUGGUGCCGGCCCGCUUUCCCUCUCCCUCGGAAGUAGUUUCACUGAAGCGCGAACUGCAAGAGAUCGACGACAGUCUUUCCGAGUCGAUGAGGACUUUGAACCAGGUCAUCACCCAAUCACGCUAUCGAGAAGGCGUAAUCGAAAGCAUAGACCGCGCGCGGGCAUGCCUCGACAAAGUUCACAUCAGGGGAGAGCGCUACUCAGGCCUAGACGACGAAAAGAUUCGCAAAUUCGGAUUUGCAACGCUUGCCAUCGCGCGGACAAGGCAUGAGAAAGCUAUGCGCGUUCUCGAUGCAGCCAAGCAAGAGCAAUUGCGACUGGACGGCCCUACGCAAGCAAAAAGUAGUGGAAAAACGCGCGAGACCGAGCGCCAAAAGCCUUCGCGAGUGGAAGAAGAUUUCGAUCAGAUGGUCCAUCGUUUCUCGCAAUUUGAUUGCGGGGACUCCGAGGAGCUUCUGCGUCAGCAACAAGAGGUUCUUCAACAGGUUGCUAACUACCGUGCCGCUGAGGCAUACAACAGACGCCGUCAAAUGGGUCAAAUGAAGUGGCUGGUGUCGACUGGCAGAUUCUGCGAUCGGGUCACCGAAGGCGACAAAAAAUCGGUUCUUGACAAAUUCGGGACCGAUGGGUCCCGCAACACACACGAGAUACAAGAUGACUGA